CCGCAGCCGAUAGCCCGCAGAGCCGCGCUGUCCGGGGCAUCCCGGUGCUCGGCGUCCGUGGACCUGGGAUCUCGGACCUGGGACGGGCUCAAAAUCCACUCGGAACACUUGCAUUUCUGAAAAAGGAAAUGAAACCAGAGACAGAGGGAAGCUGAGCGAAAAUAGACCUUCCCGAGAGAGGAGGAAGCCCGGGGAGAGACGCACGGUCUCCCUCCCCGCCCCCAGGCCGCCGCCCCCGUUCUGCCCUCGGCGGCGAGCAGCGCGCCGCGACCCGGGCCGAAGGUGCGAGGGGCUCGGGGCGGCCGGGCGGGCGCGCACCAUCCCCGAGGGCGGCGCGGAGCCGGCGACAGCGCGCGAGAGGGACCGGGCGGCGGAAGCGGCGGGACCUGGAUGGAAGGGAGCGCGGUGACUGUCCUUGAGCGCGGAGGGGCGAGCUCGCCGCCGGAGCGCCGGAGCAAGCGGAGGCGCAGGAGCGGCGGCGGCGGCGCCCGAGCACCCGAGGGGGUCCGAGUCCCGGCAGCCGGCCAGCCCCGCGCCACAAAGGGAGCGCCCCCGCCGCCCGGCACGCCGCCUCCCUCCCCAAUGUCCUCGGCCAUCGAAAGGAAGAGCCUGGACCCUUCAGAGGAACCAGUGGAUGAGGUGCUGCAGAUCCCCCCAUCCCUGCUGACAUGCGGCGGCUGCCAGCAGAAUAUCGGGGACCGCUACUUCCUAAAGGCCAUCGACCAGUACUGGCACGAGGACUGCCUGAGCUGCGACCUCUGUGGCUGCCGGCUGGGUGAGGUAGGCCGGCGCCUCUACUACAAACUGGGCCGGAAGCUCUGCCGGAGAGACUAUCUCAGGCUUUUUGGGCAAGAUGGUCUCUGCGCAUCCUGUGACAAACGGAUUCGUGCCUAUGAGAUGACGAUGCGGGUGAAAGACAAAGUGUAUCACCUGGAAUGUUUCAAAUGUGCUGCCUGUCAGAAGCAUUUCUGUGUAGGUGACAGAUACCUCCUCAUCAACUCUGACAUAGUGUGCGAACAGGACAUCUAUGAGUGGACUAAGAUCAAUGGGAUGAUAUAGGCCUGAGUCCCUGGGCAUCUUUGGGGAGGUGUUCAGUGAAGACACCGUCUCCAUGGCAUCUUCGUCUUCACUCUUAGGCACUUUGGGGGUUUGAGGGUGGGGUAAGGGAUUUCUUAGGGGAUGGUAGACCUUUAUUGGGUACCAAGGCAUAGCAUCCAAGUGGCAUAAUUCAAGGGCUGACACUUCAAGGUGACAGAGGACCAGCCCUUAAGGGAGAGCUUACGGCCACAGCCAUCCGUAGUAACUGACAUGAUUAGCAGAAGAAAGGAACAUUUAGGGGCAAGCAGGCGUUGUGCUAUCAUGAUGGAAUUUCAUAUCCACAGAUAGGGAGUUGUUGUGUAAAGACUUGUUGUGACUUUGAUGCUUGCAAACUAGAGAUGUGCAAUUGAUUUCUUUUCUUCCUGGCUUUUGUAACACCCCUGUUUCAAUGACUGUCCUCCGCACAAGGGAAGGACAGAAAGGAGUGGCCAUUCUUUUUUCUUGGCCUCCUUCCCGGGGCCUUAAGCUUUGGACCCAAGGAAAACUGCAUGGAGACACAUUUCAGUUGAGAAUGGAAACCACAACUUUUAACCAAACAAUUAUUUAAAGCAAUGCUGAUGAAUCACUGUUUUUAGACACCUUCAUUUUGAGGUGAGGAGCUCCACAGAUUGUUUCUAUACAAAUAUAAAUCUUAAAAAAAAAGUUGUUCAACUAUUUUAUUAUCCUAGAUUAUAUCAAAGUAUUUGUCGUGUGUAGAAAAAAAAAACAGCUCUGCAGGCUUAAUAAAAAUGGCAGACUGAAA